AAAAUGUGCUCUUGUUUUUGAGGAGUUCGAUGGGUUUCUGUUUUGAGAGAAACAUAAAGUGAGCGGGUUCACCCCUGCUGGGUCUCAUUUCAGGCAGGAGUUUGGGGAGGGAUAUGCAAAUGCAGCCGUCCUGACUGCGGCCCCCUCAGAGCUGCAGCUGCAGGGUCGAGCUCACGCGGCCGACUGUUGACAGAGGGAUCUGAGCGCUCACAGCGACUCCUGCUUUAGUAUUCUGCUACUGCUGCCCUGUCGCUCUGUCUUUCCUCUUCACUUUCUCCUCUGUCUGCCUGUCUCUCUCUCGUGUGAGUGGUAAAGUGGGCAGGAUGGUGCCAGAACAGCAGAUGUUUCGAUUGCAGCACUUCUUGCCCGCCAACAACUGAAGUCAGUGCUCCAGAGAAACCUUGUGGGACUCAGCAAGGAAAACAAGCAACACUUCACAACCUCCGGACUCUGCAGCCCAGCUGACUUUGCUUUUUUCCCCCCGUCUCCUUAUCCUCACCAGCUUUUGCUUUCUAUAUACUUUCUCUGUCUUCCUCCACUUUAAGUGUUUUUGUCAACCUUUGCUUUGCUGCUUAAAGAUGAGGGGGAUAUUCACAUGUGGGGGUCUUCUGUUAGUCACGUUGCUACUGACUUCAGUGGAUGCCAAAGGAACUCUCUAUGGAAGUCCAUACAGAUACAAUCUACACAAGUCUGGGAGCGUCCCGCAAUACAACCCUGGAAAACCAUUGGGUCACCAUAAGAACUUCUGUGCUUACGUUGUCCAGAAGAACGUCACCUGUGUAAUGCAAGAUGGAGUGGCCACAUAUGUCAAACCAGAGUACACUACCAAGUGCAUAUGGGGACAGAAAUGUCCUGUGCUCAUGUAUCGGACACUCUUUAAACCACAGUACAAAAUCGGUUAUAAAACCAUCACUGAACUGGAGUGGCGUUGUUGCCCUGGUUACUCUGGAGAGAACUGCUUUGAUGGGCCGACCUCUGACCCAGAUGCCAUGAUGCCACCCUUCAAGGGCUCUUUCCCUCGGCCCAGGGUGAAGGGUUACCCCAGGGGUCAUCCCAGGAUCCCCUUUCCUGGAGGUCACCCUGACAACAAACCCAUCCCUAGUGGAUUCAUACCAUCAGAAACUCCAAAAACAAGUUAUGGUCCAAAGGCAGGAGUCUCUGGUGAACGUUUGGACCGCAUUGAAGAAAACCUUCGUAAACUCUCUCAAGAUCUGGACACCUUGAAUGGCAUGGUGAUUGGCAUGGAGGAACGUCUGCGCGUCUCUCUUCGUGAGGACACUAAAAAGAUGCUGACCUCAUUGCUUGGUGGUGCCCCCCGGCUGUUGGAUACCUCUGUGGGCUUCGGGCUGAUCCCAGAGGGCACGCCAAAUGGCUUAGACGGCGAUGAGAACCUCCCUGGUUUUGGAGAGUUGGUGGGAAGAGUGAUGGAGGUUAAAGAUGAGCUGAAGGUCAAGAGUGACAUGCUGGAUGAGAUCCGUGGAAUGGUGAUGGGACACGAUGGCCAGCUAAAGAGACUGAUAGACACUGCCACAGGGAGACCCAUCCCUGGUGAUCAGCGACAUCUAGAGGAACUUCUGGACUCCAGAUUGGCCGGAGUGAGGGCGGAUGUCCUCGCUGGCUUUGAGAGGAGACUGACGGGUCUGGAGACUCACUGUGAUGAGAGAAUCGGUCAGGUUCAGCAGCAGUGUCAUAAAGAGCACCUAACAGGUCAGGAACAGAUCCAACUAUCCCUGGAUGGCCAUGAGACGGGCUUGAGGAAAGAGCUGGGUGAGCUGCAGGCACAGAUCCAGGGUCUGACUGUGACUGAGAGCUGCUGCGGCGACAUAAACAGCCUGACCCAGAGGAUGUUCCAGUUGGAGGACUCAGUUACGGGCCUGACCGAGUCCCAGAGGCAGCUACAAGUGGACAUGACUGACCAGACACUCCACAUCGAGACCCUACUGGAGAACCGGCUGGUGUACAUGGAGGGCAGGAUUAAUGCCUCUGAACAUGGCCACCAAGAUGGGCUGGAGCCUGGGUUCAGCUCCCUGGAUGGGUUCAAGACUUUGUUAGAUGAUAAGCUGAAGACAUUGGAGCAACGUCUGUUCGUAGCAGUUGAGGAGUUGAGUAACGCCACGGCACCGGCUCUGCUGGAGGGGCAAGUGGUGCCGGCACUGGAGACGGAGAUCGACAGUGUCCGGAGGAGGGUGGAGGCCGACCUCAAUGGGAUGCAGAAGCAGAUGUCUGUCCUUGAGCUCCUCUGCACCUCUGCUUGCUCCCCUGCCUCUAGCCCAGAGACGGCCCUCAUCCAGACGGAGGUAGAAGACUGUAAGGAAACAGAAAAGAAGAUGAUGGACCGCCUGGACGUGCAUUCCAGCAAACUGGAUCAUUUCAACAACACCUUACAGGGUCUCCUAACACAGCUAUCCCAGGAGGACACAGAGGGCUCCAUUCAAGGGGAAAUCACACUCCUCAAGAUCAAUGUCAACUCCGUCAAUCGUACCUUGAAGGGGCUACGUGAUUCGGUCAGCCUGUUUGCUCGAGAAGUUGGCCAGGUGAAUUCCACCUGGCAGGAACGGGAAAGCCGGCUGGUCUCUCAGGUGCAGGGCAUCUCGGAUCUGGUGGAGCGGCAGGCGUCCAUGCUUGGGGCCGGGGAGCAGAGGCUGAUCCAGUUGAAGGCGGAACUCCAGGGCUUGCGGCGGAGGUUGGCUGGGGAACUACAGGGUUGUCGCACUACAACGCUGGGAAUGCAACAGGAAGUGAUGGGGGUGGAAAGUCGAAUCACUCAGGUUGAAGGACAGUGUGGCAGCCUAGGUGAGUUGGCCGAUGACCUUGAGAGAAUCCGCAGUGAGCUGGAAAGACAUUCGGACAGAUUCCUGGAACAGGUCAACGGGACACUAGAAAGCCAUUCUGAGCAGCUGGUCCAACUGAAGGAUGGUCUUAAAGACUGCAUGAGCAAAACGGACCCUGCAAGACCGCGGGGUGACGGUCAGUAAUUCUUCCUAUACAGAGAAACCACAAGGCCUGAGGCUGUACAAACUUGCAAUAUUUUUGUUCCCUCAACAGGGCAUUUUGUCUCCUAUUAUUUGUUUUAAGCCUUUAUACCGAUUUAACUGAGUUUUGUUAACUUAUAUGAAGAAAGUGUGACUGCAUUAUUAAACAUAUUUGACAAUUUGUUAAAUAAAGUAACAAACAUGCAAAACACAGGAAAGCGAAUGUUAUGACACUACUAAGCUGCUACGGGUUUCUAAUGGCAAGUACUGUUCACUACCUUCUCAUCUCAGCAUCCAAGUCAUCUCCUGAUUUAAUUACUGUUUCAAAUACUGUAUUAUAACACCACGAAGCUACGCAUUUUUAUAAAAGUGUGAAAUAGUUUGUUUUAAAAAUAUAUUUCGCAUUAUUGAAAUGUUUUCUACGAGAUUUAAUAAAAGUGAAAUGUGUGAACCGAAGAAAAAAAAGUUUGUCAGCUAUUUCCUUUAAAUUUGGAUUAUUCUGAUGCAUCUUUUGUGGAAGUUCCAGUAAUGACCACCCAGUGUCAUCAAGAACUCAAACAAACCAAUGAAACUUAGGCCAUAAAGGGAUAAUGAACUGUCAGCUGGUCAUUAUUACAAAAUAAACCCAGUUUGACAUUCAUGACAAUCUGAAUGGACAUUAAUCUGCUGAAUACAUGGUUAAUUACCAAAUAACUGGACACGA